CUAUCCGUGCGCGCGAGACAUUUUAAUCUGCCGACUAUUUAAAACAGCCGCGAUAAGAUAAAAGUGACGGUCGUCCCAAUAAACUAAUUAAGUCUCGGCUGAUCUUUUUUACGACGCGCAGUUUGCCGGAUCCCCGCGACCCUAAUUCACUUAAAUCGUUCAAUUGUUCGGCGACGUUAUGAUCUAAAAGUCGGACUGCGCUUACGGCAGUUACGCGCCGCGUCCUCCAGAUGGAGAAGAAGUUUGGCAACCUGCUGAGCCUCAACUCGCUGUUUAAGCCUUCGUCGGGCGGCGAAAACAAACGGCCGCACGCGGAUCCGCAGAUCGGAUUCAGGGUGGCGUUGAACGAGCGUCAGAAACAGUUGAAAGUGAGAGUGAUCGGCGCGAGACAGUUGCCGACCGAAUACGGAUCUGUCAAAGCCAAGGGCUACUGCGUCAAGGUGACGGUGUUUCCUAACAAGGAAAAAUAUGAGACGAAAGUGGUCAAAGAUUCUUGGCCGUCGAUAAACGAAGAUUUCAGCUUCGACGUCAACAUCCCCGAGAAAAGGGCCUGCGAUCCUCUCAAAGGCAAGUUCGUUUCGUUCACGAUAUACUCCGUGUUCGAAGAUGCGGCCGAUGACGACGCGCCUACGGAGAAGGCUAAACCGAGGAACGUGAUGAAGAGGUUCUUUUCCUUCAACGACGAAAGCGACUUUAUUCGUAAAAGCGGCAGAUUCCACAGGCGUAGCCUGAGGAACUCCCUGAUGAGGGAUCGGAAGACGAUCGGCGCGGUGACGUACAAUUUGGAGUUGAAGAAUUUCACGCAGGUCUUGCGUCAGGAUUUGAUCAGUACCGCAGAUGUGUGGAGGAGUAUCAAGGAGAUAACGAGUGGGAUCCCGUCGCAACCGAGAGAAGGCAGAAAGGGUUGCGUCGAACUGACGUUGCAAUACGCCGUCAGCGAAGAUGGUGCUAAUGACGUCAUCGAAAUUACAGUUACUAAAUUCCGGUGCAGUCUGCAGACAAUGCAGGACCACGAAAAAAUUGGAGGUCAGCUCUAUAUCAAAAUAACGGCUUUCGAAAGCGAAGACGUCGUCCAGAAGAAGAAGAGCGACAUGUUCGAUCCAACGAUAAGUCUGAAGCUGGAAGCCAACACGGCAACGCUGCGCGCUAGAGUUAACAGUUUUAUGUUAAGUCACGUGAAAAUCGUGAUCAGACUGUUGGCGAAAAAUAUCUUAGGAAAGAAAACCUUGCUCGGUAGGAUAGAGAUCGACAAAAACAAUCCGUUCUGGAAAGAGAUCAUCGGCAAGCCCGGAAUGGCCGUUACGAAAUUGGUCAAUUUUGAAUAGGACGCGGACAUUUUAUACUCGUGUGUGAUAUAUUCGACUUAAGUGUUUUGAUUGGUGGACAAAGGCUCACGACCCGAAACAUUCGCGACCAGCGUUGAGCGGAUAUUUAUAGCUUGUGAAAGGCGCUUUAACGGGUAAAUGGCACCUAAAAAGACCAAUUGGGAAAUAAUAAUAUAAAAAAAAGUCAAAACGCCCAUAUAAAAAAUUACUCUUAAAAUGCAAGUGGAAACUUGUCCUUGGUAUUUUUCCAAUGUAGCGUCAAAAACUUGUGAUUUAUUUAGGUCAAAUAUUUACUUAUCAAAUUGUUACGGUCACAAGUAAGUAAGCCAAGAUCAAGUGGAAGCUUUGUGAAAUCAGAUAAGUAACAAAAAACUUUACUAAUGGAUUUUCUUGCGUAUAUAAAACUAUUGUUAUCAAAAUAAACACUUUUAA